AUGGCGUCAACAUCAUGUCUUGCUCUCAAGAGACUUCUCUCUUCCACCCUCGUCCCUCGAUUCGUUCCUCCGGCGGCUGCUUAUCGCCUCUUUAAUACCAAAUCAGAGGACGAAAUCGAAGUCCCUAUGGUAGUAGCAACAGGUGGAAGACUUGGGUGGAAUGUGAAAGAGAAAGAGGAUGCGUUACUCGUGAGCAUCGAUAUGCCGGGGCUUAGCAGAGAGGAUGUGAAGCUUUCUUUAGAACAUGACGCACUUGUGAUCAAAGGAGAAGAGGGCCAAGGACGGAAGUUUUCAAGCAGGAUAGAGCUGCCCAAAGAAGAAUACAAGGCGCAUGAGAUAAAGGCGAAGAUGAAAAACGGCGUGUUGAAAGUGGUGGUUCCUAAGAUCAUACAGCCAGCCCCUAACAAUGCUCUCCACAUUCAGGUCGACUAGACUUUUCUCUCCAUUGCUUCAUUUAGUGAGAUACUAAACGAGUCGUUAGUCUCUUUCUCUUUGGCUGGUGCAAAGGAAAUUACGGACCUUUUUCGGGGACAACAUCUUCGAUACCCAUCCUCCUCAUCACUCAAUCUCCUAUACCCACGAAAAUCUCUUAUACCCAUAUUUCAUAAUUCUUUUUUUGAUCAAAACCUAAACUCCUAAAUUAAAUCCUCCCCGAUGUUCAAAAC